AUGUGUAAGAAGGAUCAUUCUAUUUAUUCUUGUCCAUCAUUUCUGGAACUUAGUCCAGGUGAUCGGCUUAACAGAGUCCGCAAAAUCAAUGCUUGCACAAAUUGUUUACGUCAGGGACAUACAGUAAAAGAUUGCAAGAGCAAAUUCACCUGCAGAAAAUGCUCUAAUCGUCGUAUUUCUUUAUUGCACAUUAAUAAAAACAACACUAAUGAGGAUAUUUCUCGCACAACGAACACAAUUCAAAUUUGCCGCUUUGCCAUCAGUUCAAAAAGCACAAGCACUUGCUAG